CUUCCUUGGAGCUCUUGGAAUGUAAACCCAAUUCGAAGCCCAAUAAAAGUCCGGCGUAUUUUAGCAUUUUAUCAACAGGGCCCAUCAAACAACAGAAGCAUAAGCGUUCUUCCUUCCAGGGAUCUGCUACUCUUUCACACACAGUGUCUCGAUUGAGAAGAAAGCGAUCACGACGAUGGCGAGAUCAACCUCUAUUCUCUUCCUCACGCUACUCCUUUUCGCUGCUCUGGCUUUAAUCCAGGCAAAGGAAGAUUUGAAGGAGAUCACUCACAAAGUUUACUUCGAUGUAGAGAUUGACGGCAAAGAAGCUGGUCGAGUUGUUAUUGGCCUUUUCGGCAAGACUGUUCCCAAAACUGCAGAAAAUUUCAGAGCUCUUUGCACUGGGGAGAAAGGUGUUGGGAAGAGCGGGAAGCCACUACACUACAAGGGGAGCAAGUUCCAUAGAAUCAUUCCUAGUUUUAUGAUCCAGGGAGGUGACUUCACACACGGGAACGGUAUGGGUGGAGAAUCCAUCUACGGUCAGAAGUUUGCUGAUGAGAACUUCAAGCUCAAGCAUACCGGACCAGGUUUGCUUUCGAUGGCAAACUCUGGAGAGGACACAAACGGUUCGCAGUUUUUCAUCACGACGGUGACAACAAGCUGGUUAGAUGGAAGGCAUGUGGUGUUUGGGAAAGUGGUACAGGGAAUGGAUGUUGUCUACAAGAUUGAAGCUGAGGGGAAGCAAAGUGGAACUCCUAAGAGCAAAGUUGUUAUUGCAGACAGUGGAGAGCUUCCUCUCUAAACCCUAAGCACUUGUUCUUCUUCUUCUUCAUGAAGAGAAUUAUGGGGUUUUUAAGUUGUCUUGUAUUAUAAACACUCCCGAAUGUUAUCCAUCCGAACAAAAUCACUUCAGUUUCAGAGCUUUUUUAAUAAUCAUUUUCUAAAU